GUGGCGCAACGUGUCCCGGUCCAUCAUUCGGAUUACUUCGAGAUUUAUCUCACACAAAAACAAAGAAAGUUUACUUCCGUGUUCUAUAAAUUCAAUUUAAACGUCUUAAAAUGCCGAAAACUUGUUGUUCCGUACCGGGUUGUCAUGAAAGGGGAGGACAUGAAUACCCGAGUGAUCCUAUAAGAAGGGCGAAAUGGGUACAGGCCGUUCGACGACUUGAUGAAAACACAAUGAAAAUGUGGACGCCAACAAAAUCGUCCGUCGUAUGCAAGAAACACUUUACAUCGGAUGACUACAUAAAGGAGACUAUUUUUGGAUUGAAACCUGGAUAUGAACGGCUUCUGGCAACAGCAGUACCUAGUAUUUUUCCUUGGACAACAGCGGAAGGGGAGACAGCAAAAAAUAGGAAAGAAAGAGCUUUGAACAGAGAUUAUAGAAAAAGUGAAUUAGAUAGGUCUUGUAAAGAAGACUUGGAGUGA